CGCUCCACUCACCCUCCCCCCUCUCCCCUUCCCCACUUCCCAUUUGGUCUCGGGCCUAACUGACCUGGUCCGUUGCUUGCUGGUCUCCUUCAGACGCGCUCCGGUGGGUGCUUGAGACGGUGGUGUUCUGGUGGUAGUGCAGUGAAGCGUGUCGAUAACUCGAAAGAACUUUACCAUCGAAGUUUAAGACCUACUUCGACAACUUUAGGCACCCACCACCAACAUGCCCGGCCACGUCAAGAAGAGCACGGGUCCUGACCCAGACCCCACCGAGUUUUUGUUCAUAUCUAUGGAGAUGAAGAUGCAGGAUGCCACUAAGCCUUACGACGCCAAGAAGUCCUGCUGGGUUCCUGACCCCAAGGAAGGCUUCAUUGAAGGCGAAAUUCAAGGCACCAAGGGUGACCUUAUCACCGUUUAUGCCGCUGGUGAGACCAAGAACUGGAAGAAGGAUCAAGUGGGACAGGUCAACCCUCCCAAGUACGAGAAAUGCGAGGACAUGUCCAACUUGACCUACCUUAACGAUGCUUCCGUCCUGUACAACUUGAAGUCCCGUUAUGUUGCCAGGCUCAUCUACACCUACUCCGGUCUCUUCUGUAUCGCCAUCAACCCCUACAAGCGCUACCCCAUCUACACCAACCGCGUGGUCAAGAUCUAUCAGGGCAAGAGGCGUAAUGAAGUGCCUCCCCAUCUCUUCGCUAUCUCUGACGGCGCCUACAUGAACAUGAUUCAGGAUGGUGAAAAUCAGUCUAUGCUCAUCACCGGUGAGUCCGGUGCCGGCAAGACUGAGAACACCAAGAAGGUACUCUCCUACUUCGCCAACGUCGGCGCCACCACCUCCAAGAAGAAGCCUGAAGCAGAGUCCAAGGGGAACCUGGAGGACCAGAUCAUCCAGACCAACCCUGUACUGGAAGCCUUCGGUAACGCCAAGACCACCCGUAACGACAACUCUUCCCGCUUCGGUAAGUUCAUCCGUAUCCACUUCCAACCCAACGGCAAGCUGGCCGGUGCUGACAUUGAGGUCUACCUGCUGGAGAAGGCUCGCGUCAUCUCCCAGCAGCCUCUUGAGCGCUCCUACCAUAUCUUCUACGAGAUGAUGUCCGACCAAGUCAAGGAAAUUAAACCCAUGUGUAGUCUUAGUGACGACAUCUACGACUACCACUACGUGUCUCAGGGCAAGGUCACCGUCCCCUCCAUUGAUGACGGCGAAGACAUGCAGUUCUGUCACGACGCUUUUGAUAUCCUUGGCUUCAACAAGACAGAAAUUGAGAAUGUUUACAAGAUCACGGCUGCCGUCAUGCACAUGGGUGAGAUGAAGUUCAAGCAGAGGGGUCGCGAGGAGCAGGCUGAACCCGACGGCACUGAGGUUGGUGACAUUGUUGCUGGCGUACUUGGUGUUGAAGGCGCCGACCUGUACAGGAACAUUACCAAGCCUAAGAUCAAGGUCGGAGCUGAGUUCGUGUCCAAGGGCAUGAACGUGGAUCAGUGUUACUACUCCGUCGGUGCCCUGGCCAAGGGUCUGUUCGAUCGCCUGUUCAAGUACCUUGUAACCAAGUGUAACGUUACUCUUGAGACUGGCAUGAAGCGAGCUAUGUUCAUCGGUGUCCUCGAUAUUGCUGGCUUCGAGAUCUUCGACUACAACGGCUUCGAGCAGAUCUGUAUCAACUUCUGUAACGAGAAGCUGCAGCAGUUCUUCAACCAUCACAUGUUUGUGCUGGAACAGGAGGAGUACAAGAAGGAAGGUAUUAACUGGGUCUUCGUCGACUUCGGUAUGGAUCUUAUGGCUUGCAUCGAGCUCUUCGAGAAGAAAAUGGGUCUGCUCUCCAUCCUAGAGGAAGAGUCUAUGUUCCCCAAGGCUACCGACAAGUCCUUCCAGGAGAAGUUGAACGCCAACCAUCUAGGCAAGUCUCCCGUGUUCAUCAAGCCCAAGCCACCCAAGGCAGGAGCAGUCGAGGGCCACUUCGCCAUUGUUCACUAUGCCGGUACUGUCACUUACAACCUGAGUGGCUGGCUGGAGAAGAACAAGGAUCCCCUCAACGACACCGUCGUCGACCAGCUCAAGAAGUCUCGCAAUGAAGUCAUUGUCUUGCUUUUCGCUGACCAUCCCGGGCAGUCGGGCCCAGCUGACUCUGGCAAAGGUGGCCGCGGCGCAAAAUCUGGUUCCUUCAAGACUGUCUCUUCUGCCUACAGGGAGCAGCUCAACAACCUGAUGAAGACCCUUAACUCUACUCACCCCCACUUCAUCCGAUGCAUCGUCCCCAACGAGACCAAGUCCCCGGGUGUGACUGAGGCCGGCCUCAUCAUGCAUCAGCUCACCUGUAACGGUGUGCUUGAGGGCAUCCGUAUCUGUCGUAAGGGCUUCCCCAACAGGAUGAUGUACCCUGACUUCAAGCAUCGCUACAAGAUUCUGGCCUCCAAGGAGAUGGCUAGUAUCGAGGAUAAUAAAAAGGCCGCCGAGGUGUGCUUCAAUAAGUCUGGAUUAGACCCAGAGCUCUACCGUCUGGGUAACACUAAGGUGUUCUUCCGGGCUGGUGUCCUGGGUACCCUUGAAGAGAUCCGAGACUCCCAUCUGGGUAAGAUCAUAACCUGGCUGCAGUCAUGGAUCCGUGGAUUCACCGGCAGGAAGGAGUAUGGAAGACUUCAGGAGCAGCGCGUAGCCCUCGUAGUUGUUCAACGCCAGUUGAGGAACUUCGUCUCAAUGCAAUCUUGGGUUUGGUUCAAUCUCUGGCAGAAAGUCAAGCCUCUUCUUCACGUCACUCGUCCUGAGGAUAUAAUUAGAGGUCUCAGGGAGAGGGCCGGUAAAGCUCAAGAAAAUUUGGAUAAUGAACUGAAAACACGCCAAGAUCUUGAAGCUGCAAAUGCUGCUCUUCAAGAAGAAAAGAAUAACCUCUUGGCUACACUUGAAUCUUCUAAAGGCAGUAUGUCCGAGUAUCUUGAGCAAAGCGCCAAGUUGCAGAGUCAGAAAGCCGAACUCGAGGCUCAACUCAAUGAUAUCACCACCCGCCUACAAAAAGAGGAAGAAGCCCGUACAGCCCUUGGCCAGGAUAAGAAAAAGACUGAACAAGAGGUGCACGCUUUAAGGAGAGAUUUCGAAGACCUGGAACUAAACAUCCAAAAGCUGGAGCAAGAAAAGGCUGGUAAGGACCACCAGAUCCACAACCUUAAUGAGGAAAUUGCCCAUCAAGAGGAACUCAUCAAUAAGGUCAACAAAGAAAAGAAACAGCUGCAAGAAUACAACCAGAAAACCGCAGAAGACCUCCAGGGCGUCGAGGACAAAUGCAACCACUUCAACAAAAUGAAGACGAAGCUCGAGCAGACUCUCGAUGAGCUCGAGGACUCCAUCGAUCGCGAGAAGAAGCUGCGCGCUGAGGUUGAAAAAUCAAAGAGGAAGGUUGAAGGUGAUCUUAAGCUGGCCCAAGAGACCGUUGGGGACCUAGAGCGUAAUCACAGAGAAGUCGAGAACACUAUCCAGCGUAAAGAUAAGGAGAUCUCUACUCUUGCCAACAAAGUGGAGGAAGAACAAGGUCAUGUCUCUAAGAUCCAGAGGUCUAUUAAAGAGCUACAAUCACGCAUCGAAGAGCUAGAACAAGAGGUUGAGCACGAGCGCCAGGCCCGAGCAAAGGCUGAGAAAACCAAGUCUAGCUUGGCACGAGAGCUGAGUGAGAUCGGCGAUCGCCUGGACGAGGCUGGUGGCGCCACCGCUGCCCAGGUGGAACUGAACAAGAAGCGAGAUGCUGAGCUAGGCAAGCUCCGCCGCGACAUCGAGGAGACGACCAUCCAGCAUGAAUCUGCUCUUAAUCUUCUUCGCAAGAAGCAUAAUGAUUCCGUGGCUGAAAUAUCAGAGCAGAUCGACCACCUCAACAAAAGCAAAAUCAAAACUGAAAAGGAGAAGGAUGCUUUGAAACGCAUUGCUGAUGAAGCAAAGUCGGCAAUGGAUAGCCUUACUCGGGAUAAGGCUACUGCUGAAAAGGCAAACAAGCAAAUUCAACAACAGAUCAGCGAAGCUCUCGGCAGACUCGAGGAAGCCAAUCGAACUUUGAAUGACUUCGAUGUUACAAAGAAGAAGCUUGCAGUUGAGAAUGCUGAACUUUUGCGACAGCUGGAAGAAACCGAUAACCAAAUAUCUCUUUUGUCUAAGCUGAAGGUGUCUCUUAGUGCUCAACUUGACGACGCUAGGAAGUAUGCUGAGGAAGAGAGCAAGGAACGUGCAACUAUUCUUGGAAAGUAUCGUAACUUGGAACACGAUAUUGAUGGACUUCGCGAACAGCUAGAUGAAGAGUCUGAGGGUAAAGCUGAUAGCCUCCGCCAAUUGUCCAAGGCCAGCGCUGAGGCUCAACUGUGGCGUUCCAAGUAUGAAACUGAGGGAGUUGCUCGUGCUGAAGAACUUGAGGCUGCUCGCCUGAAGCUUGCUGCCCGCCUUGAGGAAGCAGAAAACCAGAUAGAACAGCUGAACCUUAAAAAUAUUAACCUUGACAAAGCAAGACAGCGCAUUCUCGCUGAACUCGAUGAAGUACAGAUUUCAGCUGAACGUGCUCAAAACUUGGCCAUUUCCGCUGAAAAGAAGCAAAAGAACUUUGACAGAGUCAUUGCUGAAUGGAAGAUAAAGGUUGAUGACUUUGCUGUUGAACUGGAUUCGUCACAAAAGGAGUGCCGCAACUAUUCUUCAGAGCUUUUCCGUGUAAAGGCUGCAUAUGAAGAAAAUCUAGGAACACUUGAUUCCGUCCGCCGUGAAAACAAAACCCUUGCUGACGAAAUCAAGGAUCUGAUGGAUCAGAUUAGCGAGAGUGGACGGUCUUACCAUGAACUAGAGAAGAGCAGCAAGCGCCUUGAAAUUGAAAAAGAAGAGCUUCAAGCUGCCCUUGAGGAGGCUGAGGCCGCUCUUGAACAGGAAGAGAAUAAGGUGCUCCGUAGUCAGCUCGAGCUCAGCCAAGUUAAACAAGAAAUCGACAAACGUAUCCAAGAGAAAGAAGAGGAAUUCGACAAUAUUCGAAAAGUCCAUCAACGUGCCAUAGAAACCAUGCAGUCUUCUCUUGAGGCCGAAGCCAAGGGCAAGGCUGAAGCUCUUCGUCAGAAGAAGAAGCUAGAGUCUGACAUUAGCGAACUCGAGGUAGCACUGGACCAUUCCAGUAAGAACAACUCUGACCUCCAAAAGUACAUCAAGAAGCUUCAGACCGAAACGAAGGACCUGCAGCUCCGUGCUGAGGAGGAACAACGUCUUGCUUCCGAGUACCGUGAACAGUAUAGCGCCGCUGAUCGCCGAGCCAAGGGUCUGAAUGGUGAGCUGGAGGAGUCCCGCACUCUUCUCGAACAGUCUGACCGAGGUCGUCGCCAGGCAGAAUCCGAGCUCAGUGACGCUAAUGAACAACUGGGCAGUGCAGCGGGUCAAAAUAAUUCUCUAGCUAUUUCCAAGAGGAAGUUGGAGGGUGAAUUGGCAACACUUCAUUCUGAUAUUGACGAGAUGCUGAACGAGGCCAGGAACUCUGAGGAUAAGGCCAAGAAGGCCAUGGUUGACGCCGCCCGCCUCGCUGAUGAACUCCGAGCCGAACAGGAACACGCCCAGACCCAGGAGAAGCUUCGUAAGGGCUUGGAUCUUGCCAUUAAGGAUCUUCAAGUUCGCCUUGAGGAAAGUGAGGGCAACGCCACUAAGACUGGCAGGAAGACUUUGAGCAAGCUCGAAAGCCGUCUUCGUGAGUUGGAAGGCCAGCUGGAUGAUGAAUCCCGCCGCCACGCUGAUGCCCAGAAGAACCUGAGGAAGUGUGAGAGGCGCAUCAAGGAGCUCACCUUCCAGUCCGAAGAGGACAAGAAGAACCACGAGAGGAUGCAGGACCUCGUGGACAAGCUGCAACAGAAGAUCAAGACCUACAAGCGCCAGAUCGAGGAGGCCGAGGAGAUCGCCGCCCUGAACUUGGCCAAGUUCCGCAAGACCCAACAAGAACUGGAGCAAGUCACUGGCAGUGCAUAAAUACUUCGCCGUCAUUAAAACCAAAAUAUAUGGGCCUUAAUUACAUUGUACUUAAAUCGUUAUAUUUGUAACUAAUAGCCAUAUAAACAAAUAAGUUUUACAGCUUUAAUCUUUAAUUUAUCAAUGACUGUUUAACUGUAAACUGAUAAUCUCCUAGAAAAUCUGGGAGUAAUGAGGCCAUUGUAUACAGGCACAGAGAAGCAUUAUUUUAUAUCUAAGUAACUUGAGUUAUGUUUUUAGUAAAAAUAAAUGCUCACAAUUUAACUAUAACUCUUGUACACUUUACAUAAUUAAAGAAGUUCAAUAUACAAAAAUAACGAAAA